AUGGAUUUAACAGUUGAACCAGAUCUAAACUCUUUGAUAACUUCCUCAACACACAGAUGGAUAUUUGUCGGUGGUAAGGGUGGUGUCGGUAAGACGACGUCAUCUUGUUCGAUUGCCAUUCAAAUGGCUUUGGCACAACCAGAGAAACAAUAUCUAUUGAUUUCUACAGAUCCUGCACACAAUUUAAGCGACGCCUUCGGUGAGAAGUUUGGUAAAGAUGCAAGAAAAGUCACUGGGAUGAACAACUUGUCAUGUAUGGAGAUUGACCCUUCUGCCGCUUUGAAGGAUAUGAAUGAUAUGGCUGUUGCCAAUAAUGCAACUGGAUCGGGAGAGUUCAGUGAUCUUUUGCAAGGUGGUGCACUAUCUGAAUUGACAGGAUCGAUUCCAGGUAUUGAUGAGGCACUUUCUUUCAUGGAAGUGAUGAAACACAUCAAAAACCAAGAACAGGGUGAAGGUGACAGGUAUGAUACCGUUAUUUUUGAUACCGCACCAACAGGUCACACUCUAAGGUUUUUACAGUUACCAAGCACUCUAUCUAAACUCUUGGAGAAAUUCGGAGAAAUCACUGCAAGAUUGGGACCAAUGUUGAAUUCUUUGGCUGGUGCCAAUAACGUCGAUCUUGUUGGUAAAAUGAGUGAAUUGAAGUCUAAUGUGGAAAAAAUCAAGGAACAAUUCACCAAUCCUGAUAUGACAACUUUUGUCUGUGUUUGUAUCAGUGAGUUCUUGUCUUUGUACGAAACUGAAAGAUUGGUACAGGAAUUGAUCUCAUACGAUAUGGACGUGAACUCCAUCAUUGUAAACCAGUUAUUAUUUGCUGAGUAUGACGAAGGAGACAGCUGUAAAAGGUGCCAAUCCAGAUGGAAGAUGCAAAAGAAGUAUUUGGACCAAAUUGAUGAAUUGUACGAAGAUUUCCAUAUCGUUAAGAUGCCAUUGUGUGCAGGUGAAAUUAGAGGUUUAAACAACUUGAAAAAAUUCUCCCAAUUCUUGAGAAAACCAUACGAUCCAGUUGCAGACAGCAAAGUGAUUUAUGAAUUGGAACAACAAGACUGA